GCAGACGAAUCUGGGGGACAGAGACACCUGACACCACUCUUCUUCCUAACGAGAGAGAGAGAGAGAGAGAGGUGAAAAUGGGUUUGAUUUUUGAAUGAGUAUCUUCAUUGUUAAAUCUCUAUCUGCGUGUCCUAACCUUGUCUGCGAUCCAGAAAGGAGGGGAAAAGAAAAGAGAGAUUCAGCCACCAUUUCUUCUUCUUCUUCUAGUUCAUGGUCUUCUUCUUUUCAAGCUAAUUUCAAAAGAAAAGAAAGAAGGGAAAUUGACCAGCAAGAGUCUACUCUUUCCACCACCUCCCAAAACGAAACAAGAGUAGGUGUGCCUCGUUCUGGCUCUAAAGCGCUAUCCCUGUCGUUUUCUCGAGCAACCACCACACAGUCUCCCUCUCUCUCUCCCCCUCCUUCCAGCUCAAAAAAACACGUCUUCUCUUGCUGAUCUUGCAAGAGUUCAGCCUUCAGAAAGAGAGAGAGAGAUAGAGGAGGUUUCAAGAUGAAGCUACGCUGGGUUUCUUUGCUCGGGAAGAAAGAAGGCAUUUUUUUGGUUCCCAAGCCUUAAAGAUUUCGUCCGCUCGAUGCAACGUUCGGUGCUUUGGAUUUCAUAUCAGAGAGUCCUCUCCGGGUGCUGAAGAAAGUGGAAGCAGUUUGAACCGAGUUGCUAAAAAAACUUCUGGUGAUCGAUUUUGGUCAAUACCCAAUUCACAAAUCAUGGUGGAGGAUUCGACGAAUGAAGUACCAGAAGAUUUGCGGGCUACAGAAGAUUGGCUAAUUCAUGCGCAGGAGCUUGUUCCGUUGGCACUGAGUAAGGCGAGGGAAGUGAAGGGGUUUCCUAGCAGGUGGAAGAUGAUAAUUUCCAAGUUGGAGCAGAUCCCAUCAUGUUUAUCGGACCUCUCGAGCCAUCCUUGCUUCACGAAGAAUGCACUCUGCAAAGAACAGUUGCAGGCAGUUUCGGAAACACUAAGGGAAUCGCUUGAAUUGGCAGAAUUGUGCUUGAAAGAGAAGUAUGAAGGGAAACUGAGGAUGCAGAGCGAUCUGGACUCGUUAGCUGGGAAAUUGGACUUGAAUUUGGGGGAUUGUGGGCUUUUAAUCAAGACUGGCAUGCUUGGUGAGGCUACAGUCCCACCAUCCAUGCCCGGUACUUCAACAGAAUCUGAGGCUUUAUCUUGUAGCAAUAUUAGGGAGUUGCUUGCUAGGCUUCAGAUUGGACACUUGGAGGCAAAGCAUAAAGCCCUGGACAAUUUAGUAGAAAUGCUGAGAGAGGAUGAGAAAAAUGUUUUGGCUACACUGGGAAGGAGCAAUAUAGCUGCCAUAGUACAAUUACUUACCGCAACAUCUCCUCGCAUUCGUGAAAAAACCGUCACGGUUAUAUGCUCACUGGCUGAAUCUGGCAAUUGUGAGAAUUGGCUUGUUGCAGAAGGUGUAUUGCCCCCUCUAAUAAGGCUUCUUGAGUCAGGCAGUGCAGUCGGGAAAGAGAAGGCGGCCAUUUCGUUGCAGAGCCUCUCAAUGUCUGCAGAAACAGCCCGGGCCAUUGUUGGGCAUGGCGGGGUACGCCCCCUGAUUGAAAUUUGUCGAGGUGGUGAUUCUGUCUCCCAGUCUGCGGCUGCCAGUACUUUGAAGAGCAUAUCAGCUGUCCCUGAUGUCCGGCAAACUCUGGCUGAGGAAGGCAUUGUGAAGGUCAUGAUUGAUCUUCUUGAUCACGGAAUUCUACUUGGAUCCAAAGAAUACGCGGCAGAGUGCUUGCAAAACCUGACUGUAAGCAAUGAGAAUUUAAGGAGGAACGUUGUAUCAGAGGGUGGGGUUCGAAGCUUGUUGGCUUAUCUUGAUGGUCCAUUGCCUCAGGAAUCCGCAGUCGGGGCAUUGAGGAACUUGGUGGGGUCCAUCUCAGUCGAAACCCUAGUAUCUCUUGGUUUUCUUCCCCGCAUGGCUCAUGUGCUUAAGUCAGGGUCACCAGGUGCGCAGCAAGCAGCUGCUUCGGCCAUUUACAGGGCGUGCAGCUCUGUUGAGAUGAAAAAAUUGGUGGGUGAAGCUGGUUGCAUUCCCCUGCUUGUGAAAUCGCUUGAUGCGAAAUCAAACAGCAGGAGGGAGGUUGCCGCACAAACGAUCUCAAGCUUGAUGACAGUUUCACAGAACUGUAGAGAGGUCAAGAGAGAUGAGAAAAGCGUGCCUAGUUUGGUCCAACUGCUUGAUCCGAGUCCUCAGAACACUGCAAAAAAGUAUGCUGUUUCCUGCUUAAUGAGUCUUUCCUCCAGUAAGAAAUGUAAGAAGUUGAUGAUCUCCUAUGGGGCGAUUGGGUAUUUGAAGAAGCUUAAUGAAAUGGAUGUUCCGGGAGCCAAGAAACUGCUCGAGCGUUUGGAGAAAGGGAAGCUGAGGAGUCUGUUUAGUCGGAAAUAGGAGAGAGACACAUUAAUCCCUCUGUACAUUUUAGGUUCUUAUUUACGAUAAAUGUUUCAUUGUCUGUAUGAAACGGGGGAGUUGAUGGAUCUGAACUGCAAUGCGUAAGCCUGCUAAUACAUGGAAUACCGUUACAUAAAGCUAAUAAUUCUGCUUUUUUCAACUGUGUACAUACGGCGGCUGCCUGUGAUAUUCUCAAGAUAUUUUCUUGUUCUA